AUGGCAAUUCCUCACAUUGCAGAGUCCAUGGAAAUUGUGAUUCCUGAUGCAGUUCUCAAUACAAAGCUGGAGGAGAAAUCUGCGGACAAUAGCACAUCCUCCCCUCAUACCCUACAGAUUGCUUAUCUUAGCAUUCGAGAUAUCAGCUCAAUCAUUAAUGCCCGUAGACGUUUUAUUCCCGUCGCCGAUACGACUGCCUGGAAGAGAAUGGCUCUGCUCAACACCAGAAGGCUUCUCGACCUGGCAUUUAAGCGACACGCAGUUGUACAGUGCCAAAGAACAGCAUCUGCAAGUAAAGGAUCAGCUCUCUCGGGGACGCAUGAUUACAAUCACACAUCCGUUCUAAAACCCAAUUGUCUUACGUGUGUUGGUUAA